UGUUCCUUUUGUGGAGCAUACAGUCUCCAAUGCCUCCGUGUUAACAAUAAUGGCGAUCAGUGUCGAGCGUUACAGGGUAAUCCGAAAACCUUUCCUUGGAAUAGCUGAAAAUUGCAACAAGGUCGUCAAGGUGAUCAUCUUCAUUUGGAUAAUCUCUGUGCUUGCUAGUAUUCCAUGGUUUUACAUUGCUGUUUACAGAAGCUCUCAGCUAGUGGACGGAACGCCCAUUAAGGUGUGUCGAAAUCCGAUUCGUCUUAAUUGGCAACGGGUGUACAUAACCGGCUUGACAGCACUCUUUUACAUGGUCCCAUGCCUAAUAUUGCUCGCCAUUUAUGUAGAAAUUUGCCGAGAACUAGGUCGUAGCAACAUGGCUCAAGGAGCACGUUUCGGACAGUCGGAGGUUGGGAGAAUUGCAUUCUACAGUGAAAGAAAACGUUCUCAGAGACAGGUCCUGAACCUAAUCAGUUCAAUCGUGUUUGUUUUCUUUCUGUGUCAUUUACCUCUACGCGUAGCGGGACUGUGGUUCACUUUUGAGGACAAAAACGUCAUAUAUUCCCUCGGUCUUGAAAAAUAUCUGACUAUACUAUAUUCUACAAGAAUUAUAUUCUACCUAAAUCACGCCUUGAAUCCAAUUGUAUACAACUUCGUCUCAAGAAAAUUUAGACAGGCAUUGAAGAGCGUUUCUCUGAAAAAAUGGAGCAGAUCUGACUUCAAAAGAUCAGUCACUAAGCGCAUGAUAGUCAAAAGUUCAAGUAACAGAAAGCCAUAAACAUAAUUACAAAACAGAAAAAAAGUUUUAAUUCAUGCACAAAGCUACUCACUCACAACAUUUUGAUACUAUGUAAUUAUCGAAAGCUCCAUGGUUUUCCAUUAAUCAUUUGUUACGUGACUUUACCUCACUACGGCUGAUAUUUCGAUUGUCUGUUUGGUGAAGCAAUGUAAAUUUCCAAUGGCGUAAUGACUUUUAAAAAGGUCAAAAAUAUUUCUGCGAAGUAGACCAUAUUAGCAACACUAUUUAAUUCGUCAUUUUUCGACAGAAGAGGAUUUCAUGAGAAAUGGCCACAUGAAAAAAAACCCAUAACAGUUACUCUUUGGACAAUAUUGAAACAUGAAAAAGUAAAUGAAAUUCAAAUGCUAAUGAUAUUUUGUACAAAGCUGGAACUGGUUUGCACUGACAAUGACAAAGAAAGACACAUUAAGAGACUUAGAGAUGAACCGCGAUCAAAUGGUCAGCGCCAAAACACAUUACUGGAAGAGCGUAAACUGCUUAACUACGCACAAACCCACACUCUUUGAAAUGUUGUAACAGUUAAAGGACAAUAUAAAUAAAAGUUAUCCCCGUCGGGUGAAUUUCUUACGUAUUGAUAGCAAAAUACCACAACAAUAUUUGUGUAAAAUUAUUUUAAAUAAAGCACCAAAUGGGUAUGAAGUGAAUGUCUCUGCAAAAAACAAAGGCAACAAUAGAAAUAUAUCAGUGACCCAACAAAUAAGUCCAGAAGACAAAAAUAUCAAAGCAAUUCAGUCCUAGUCCGCUUUUAAACCUGUCUAACAUGGAGUCUUCCACCGAACCGAAGAGGAACACGUGACUAGACGGACCAAACACUAAGUACGCGAUGUCCAUCAAAAGAGAGGGUCACUUAUUUUUGGAAUGAACUGUUCAUAAUCUUCCCCCCCCCCCCCUAAAACACACACACUUGCAAAACUACAUGAACCAGUUUUUAAAUAAUUCUCCCAUAGACUUCACUGAAGAAACUGUA